UUUGCAAACUGCUCUUCUCUGUCUGAAUACAGGCGAGGAAAGGAUGCGUACGAAUCAGUCAGCCGUCUUGCAUUUUAAGCCGAGUGCUUGACUGUAAAGAUGAAGAUUUCUCUCAGCAGGACUUUUAGUUUCAGAACUCAGACUCAGAAUGGACUUUUUCUCUUUUCCUGAAUGAAUUCUGUCCUACAGCAGCAGUAGCAUUACACAAAGUACUUUAGUUAUAAUGAUGAAAAGGCGGAAAGGGGGAUGACGUGUUUUCGGAGGGGGUGUUUCGGUGGUGUGAGGAUUGCGGGCUGUGGUUGGGUAUGUCAGUGCCACGUGUCUGCGCUUGCACCUCUCUUCUCUACACAGAGGAUGUCGGACUGAGACCUUAGUGCGCCUGGUCAAAGCGGGUCAUCAAGUUACACUGGGAGGAUCAUAUCUUGAGAGGGAAUGUUGAGCAACCUGCUAUAAGACGACACCAGCUGAUUUGGCGAAAGAACUUCUUUCUUUAUUUCUUUUCCAGCGCCUGAAUGAGCAUGCUGCAUUCCCUCUGUUCCAUCAUUUGGUUGAACCGUGGGUUCAAGUUGAGGAAAGUGGCCUGUUCGGCCAACACCGGCCAGGUUUAAGCCGUUCCUACCGCGCAUGCCCGCUUAUGAGCUCCGGUCAGUAGUGCUUAGCUUUCAACGAAACGGCCCACGGUACGAUAUCAUUCGCACCCUCGCAAAGUUUCAUCCUCAGUCCGACACUCUUCUGCCAGGGGUGAUUGUCGUUUCAUACUCUGAAAAUGGCUGCCGAUGGCUUCCAGUACAGAUCUAUGUAUGCCUACUGUAAGGACUGGGAGGAUGACAUUGACCUUGAGCCCGGUGAUAUCCUGACGGUCGACAAAGCGUCUCUGCUAUCACUGGGCUUCAAAGAGGGAGAUGAGCAGCACCCCGAAUGCAUCGGCUGGAUCUUAGGGUUUAACGAGCGAACCAAACAGAGGGGAGACUUUCCAGGGACGUACGUGCAGUAUGUGGGACCUGUGAAAAUGUCAAUGCCGUCCUGCCAGCCUCGUUCUCAGAGACCGCUUCCUGCUGUUCCCAGACCUGAGCCAACCUUGCAGGUUGCUCCAGACCUGGACUUGACCAAACAGUUCACACACCUGGAAACUGCUCCCCCUAAUCUUAUUAAGUUGGUUGAAGCAAUUGAGCAGACAGGUCUGGACUCUAGGACACUAUACAGGACAUCCACUGCUUCAGCUUCUGACAGUCAACGACAGAGCCUCACUGAGCUGCAGGAGUUGGACGUGGGACAGUGGGACAUUCAUGCACUCUCGGACACUCUUAUUCGGUACCUGCAGGAACUUCCUGCCCCCAUCAUCCCUCCCUCUGUUUAUACAGACCUUCAGGCAGCAGUGCAACUAGAAUCAGACGUUCCCUCCGUGAGGAGACGAGAGCAGCUGUUGGAGGUACUGGGGAAGCCUGAAGUUCCACUGCAGAACCUCCUGACGCUGCAUUAUUUGCUCAGACACCUGGAGAAGGUCUGCCAGUACGCGGAGCACAACGGCCUCGACAUUCACACCCUCGGCCAAAUUUUUGGCCCUCUGCUGAUCAGGGGCCCUGUGAGCGGGUCAGAAGAAGAUGAGGGGUUUCCUGCGGUUGCAGUUGAGAGACUUCUUUUGGAGAGAAUUUGGGAACAAGAGCCGACUCCUCCCGCGCUCCCUCCUAAACCGCCCAAAACCAAAGCCAUGGCCUCAUCUGUGACCAAUGGAAACAACAGCUUACUGAGUGACGCUGAAUGGUACUGGGGAGACAUUUCAAGAGAGGAGGUGAAUGAGAAAAUGAGAGACACUCCUGAUGGUACGUUCCUGGUGCGGGACGCAUCAAGCAAAGUGCAGGGGGAGUAUACCUUGACCCUCAGGAAAGGAGGCAAUAACAAACUGAUCAAGGUUUUUCACCGCGGGGGGAAGUACGGAUUCUCAGAACCGCUUACUUUUCUUUCUGUGGUGGAGCUCAUCAACCACUACCGGCAUGAGUCACUGACCCAUUACAACGCCAAGCUGGACACUCGCCUGCUCUUCCCCGUGUCUAAAUAUCAGCAGGAUCAGGUGGUGAAGGAGGACAGUAUUGAGGCGGUAGGAGAGCAGCUGAAGGUUUAUCACGAGCAGUAUCAGGAGAAAAGUCAUGAAUAUGAUGUACUGUAUGAAGAAUACACACGCACAUCACAAGAGCUGCAGAUGAAGCGAACAGCCAUAGAGGCCUUUAAUGAGACCAUCAAGAUCUUUAAGGAGCAAUGUGAGACCCAGGAGCGCCUCAGCCGAGAGAACAUUGAGAAGUUUCGCAGAGAAGGCAAUGACAAGGAGAUUGAGAGAAUUCAGAGCAACUCUGAGAAACUGAAGUCCAGAGUGACAGAGAUUCAUGACAGCAAGAGGAAAUUGGAACUGGACUUAAAGAGGCAAGCCACAGACAAUCGAGAGAUAGACAAGAGGAUGAACAGCUUGAAACCAGACCUCAUACAGCUGAGGAAGCUAAGGGACCAAUACCUUGUAUGGUUGACUCAGAAAGGCACUAAGCAAAGGAAGAUCAAUGAAUGGCUGGGUGUAAUGAACGAAUCAGAAGACUUCUAUUCUCUGUUGGACGACGAUGACGAUCAAGCGCAUCACGACGAGUGCUCCUGGUACGUUGGGGACAUCAAGCGCACAAAGGCGGAGGAUCUCCUGAGAGGCAAACGAGACGGCACCUUCCUCAUCAGAGAGAGCCAGACCAAGAAAGGCUCCUAUGCCUGCUCUGUGGUAGUGGAUGGAGAGAUCAAGCAUUGCAUGGUUUACAAGACGGCCACAGGUUUUGGAUUUGCUGAGCCCUACAACCUUUAUGGUUCCUUGAAAGACUUGGUCCUGCACUACAAACACACCUCUCUGGUCCAGCACAACGACUCACUGAAUGUAACCCUGGCCUACCCGGUCCUCGCACAGCCGCCUAGAUGAGCACCCUGACACGAGAUGCCAGAGGACACGCAUAUAAAAGCAUGAUUAAGCACAUUAUACAGAGCAAACUAUACUAACACCAAACUUUUAUGUUUAUCAUAGAGAACAGAUAAGCACAGUAUAUUAUCGUAAGUAAAUGUAUGGCUUUUUUGUAAGCCCAUAGUUUUCUGUAUCAAUCAAAGUCAGCUGCAGUAAUUACGGUAAUAUCACAGCUUGAGUAUUUGUUGUCCCAACACAAGAGAGAGGAAAGUGUCACAUGAUUCCAUCGAACUAGUGUCGUAGUCCUGGAUAUUUUCGAUUAGGACACGGGUCAGGGACGAGAUGAGGAAUUAACUGAAAGUUGCAGCUGUUGAUAAUCAAUCUUUUAGCUGUAAUUCUGCAUUCGCGGCAUGUCGUGAUUACCGUAAUAUCGUGAUGACAACGCGUGAUGUUCUAUUCUGAGCUAUACCGUAAUUAGGGUAAUAAUGACAUGGCGUGAACGCAACUUUAUGUCACUGUGUAUUUGUUUGGUAGUUCGCUUCUGCCAACCAUAUGAAUAGAUUCCUCUCUAUGUGAGUUGUCCUGUAGAUGAUGUGAAACAAACCUUUUUUUAUAUAUCAGAUGUGGUCUAGGGACUCUGAAGUCCUUUUAGCUUCUAAUCUGCCUCUUAAAAGCUAGUCGUCAUGGUGAGAAUAAAUAGCCAUCAACGAUUGUGUACUUUUAUUUGAGAUUUUACACCACAGAACUGAAGUCUGGCAUCUUAAUGGUUUCUGUGGGCUGGUAUUGGUGCUUCCUGCUUUAUUUUUGAUUCUUGUAACAUGAGAAUGAUGCAUAGCUAUAGCGAACCAUUAAAAUCCAGAGCAAAACAAAUGUGAUCCCAAAGCAACGACGCACACAGGAACUUUCACUCGCUUAGAACGGUUUCAAAGGGGCAAAGCAGGUUAUUCAACAGAUGCAAGCAAAAAUGGAACGGAAAAACCCUCUUGUGAAAACACCUGGGUAUGAUUACAGAUUUUUGAGGAAAUUAUCAGGUGCAAGUUGAUUAUAUUGUGGUAGUAAAUGAGUCCUAAUGGUUGUUGGGCGUUUUGUAACUGUACUCCCCCUAGUGUUGUCAGAUGAUACCCUGGUCUGUACAUCAUACAGUCACCUGGAUGAAUUUUUUUUUCUUUUUUUUUCAUGAGUGAUCAUAUGCUUUAUAAAUCGAGCAGAACCAGAUAACAAUUUUAUGUUUGCUUACUAAGAAUCAGUGAUUUAAUCACAUUUUUGGAGAGGAAAUGGUUUUAAAGUGCCUUCUGCCCAUGUGUCCCUGAGAAGAUUUCUUGGGAUUGGGGCAGUACAGAAAGCUUCACUUCCAUAGAUUCAGUAAUUCAGUAAUUUUAUAUAUAUAUAUAUAUAUAUAUAUAUAUAUAUAUAUAUAUAUAUAUAUAUAUAUAUAUAUAUAUAUAUAUAUAUAUAUAUAUAUAUAUAUAUAUAUAUAUAUAUACUCCUUAGCCCUACAGCCAAAAGGAGGAUCAUCCCAUCAAAUGCAUUUUGUUAAGUAUUUUAAAAUAAGUACUUUGUAAUUAAAAAUAACUCUCUGUUAGCUUGUAAGCUUUUAGUGAGGUUUGGUCUUAACCAGUAUGCACUUUCAUGGAUGUUAAUUUGAAGUACAACAGAAGUAAUUUCAUCCAUUUUUAAGGCCUGUUCACACCAAGACAAAUAUUCAGUGCGAUUAAACAUUUUAAUUUGAUUGAAUGACUGGUAAUGCUUUCAGAGUGACAUGAACAUUCCCGUGCCAUCAAUGCGACAGAAUUUUUUUAUUUUUACAGAGAGGUGUUCUAGUCUCUUAUCCAUUGAACUGCAAAUACUUUUGGUCACAUGCUCAGAGCCGCUGCCACUGUUACAUAAAGCUACAACAGAGUACAGUUUGGUUCCGGAAGUAAAAAAAUCCCAUUAAUUUUCUCUCGCGAUUGCGAGUUUACAUCUUGCAAAUCUGACUUUUUUUCUUGGAAUUUUUAGUUUACAUUUUGCAGUUCCAUUUUUUUCCCCCACCAUGAAACUUCUUCUUUUUUUAGGUUAUAUAGAGUAUGCAAGUUAACAUCGUGCAAUUCUGACUUUUUUGUCUGAAAAAUCAGAAUUGUGAGAUAUAAACUCUGAAGAGAUAAAAAGUUGCAAUUUCCUUUAUUUAUUUUUUCCUGUGGCAAAAAUAAGGUUAAUUAUUUUAACAAUAACUUAUAAAGUGCUAAAGACAGACCUGCGACAAGUUGCAGACCAACAAAAAGUUGCAUAGCACUUUGUGUAAAACGUGAAUUUCUGACUGAAGUGACAAUUUUAUUUAGCCAGUUUGUGGUUUUAUAAGCAUUGGUCUAAACAUACUAUAAAAUCUGACCGUUCUGAACAUUCAUGUUGGUGUGAACAGGCUUUUAUUCUGGCUACAUUUUAAACAAUAAAAAUAAGCUACCAAACUAUCAAAAACAGAUGCCGUGUAUUUUAAUUGAUUUAAAGGGCAAGUUGAAAUUAAAACUUCAUCAAAACCUUGAAACUUGCCUAAAUUUAGUGUAUUCUUCGCUUUUGACAUCCUCCUUUUAGAUGAUGGAUUCAUUUUAGUUUAUAAAUCCACAACAGACAAUAAAGCGGAGCAGGUUUUAGUUUUGUUGGUAUACUCCAGUUAGUUUCAUCCUAUCGACGGGAUGAAGUUAUUUUGCUAUGAUGGCGUGGAGUGGAGCGAGAACAGAAACACUGGUCAUGAUUCCUUGAAUGUUCUGACUGACUGACGUCGGGUCAUUGAGAGCACAGAGAAUGAGCCAGAGUGUUGGAUGUGACGAGUUCGUGUGAGAAAAAGCAGUGGAGUAAAAUCCUCUAAAUGCACUAUACAAGCACAUCUUGAGGUGAUUAUGAGUGACAAUUAAUGAAGCUUGACAGUCUUUAUGAGCAACAGAAAUAGAUUAGGUACACAUUUUAGUUACAAGCCUAUAAUGUCAUAAUGUGUUAUGAUCGUGCCGAAGUGGGUCUGUUCUUUGUUUUUAUUUUCUUUAACUCCUUUUUAAAGAGAGACUAUAAUUGUAUGUCAGUGUUUUGUUUCUCAUUGUAAGUAAUGACCUUACAGAUUCAAAGAUAAGCUAGCUUGAAUAUUUCUCUUCCAUUCAGUACAGUUACAAAUGUUUACAGUAUCAGAUUAACCAAAUAGAAGAUGUAUUUUCAAAUGUGCUCUGUCUGGUCCUGCAAGGAAUCUGUCAGAGUUUUAAUUUUUUUUUUUUUUUUUUUUUUUCUCUGUUGUUUUAAACUUGAAGAUUUUGUUUUCCUCCUUUGUUCACUUUAAACAGUGCUCCCUCACCUCGCAAUAUAUUUUCUUCUGAAUAAAAAGGAAAUUUAAUAUGGUCUUUAAAAACGCAGCUAUGACCCAGAGCGGGUUUCCCAGGUUUCUUCGUCCUUGAUUUUUUUUUUUUUCUUUUUUUUUUUCUUUCUUUCCAUAGCAGACAUAUUUUUUCAAGUUACAUAGAAUGAUAAAAGUCCAGAAUGAAAAGUUAUGAAAACGAUAUGCUGAUUUCUAUCUAACUUCCUUUUGUAGUCUCAGUUGGAGCAUUGACUAAAAUUAGCAGUUCUUUUUUCCCCUUCCUUGUUUCUAUGACAAGAUAUAAACUGAAAAUAAGAUACAGCAGGGUCAAAUGUUUAAUAGACAUGUAUUUUUGUAUUUAGUGGUUAUGACAUAACCACUAAUUAUCCUUUACCUCUUUAAACUAAAUGAUACCUUACUGUCUUGUUUCCCCUGAGUGCAUGAAGUAGUCUGUUGAAGAUAAUGCACACCAAAGUGCCAUUAGACAUGGAGGAUGGGGAGCACUGUUAGUUACCCAGUACAUUUCUACUGGAUAUGUGUGUGUGUGUGUGUGUGUGUGUGUGUGUAAUGUGUGUGUGUGUACAAACUUUAUGUACAUACUUCUGUUUCCUUUUACUACUUCUGUUCUGUCCAAUCUGUUUUUGGGUGCAGAUUUUUCAGUGUACAGUUUGCAUCAGUGUUGUUUCUCUCAAACAGGUACACAAGCAUUACAGAGAUAUGGCUCUUUAAUAGGUAGAUGGAAUUAUUUUUAAGACAAUAAAAAGAUAUUGAGUCUAUUGCA